AUGAGUUAUUUACAAGAUAUUCGAGUUAUCAGAAACAAUCUAUUGUUCAAUUUGCACAAUUUUCUGAUGUGCUUAACUGAAUGGGUUUACAAGCCAAUGGGUUUGGUCAAAUUGUACGUGCCGCGAGAAAAUUUAUCUGAUAUUGUGACGUUAUUAAGAAAUCAAAAAUUUGAUUUAUCCGAGGAAAAUGAGAAACAGGAUAUUUUUAAGGAUUUGAUGGUAUCGAAAAAAGCACUGAUAGAAAGAUUUGAAAGAAUCGUACGAUAUUGGACGAAACAAAUACGAGAAGUUUUUGCGAGCACAUUCACAAAUAAAACUGGACGAACCAUGUCCGAAGAAUUGCAACAUUGGACAGCGAUAUAUCGUAAAUUGUAUUGUUUACAUGAUCAACUUUCAAGUAAAGAAAUUCAAUUGAUAUUGCGUCUAUUGGAGAAUGUUUGUUCGCCUAGCAUUGAUUUCUUUCAAAUUUUGACGCUACAACUUCACGAAGGAUUAGAACGAGCCGUAUCUAAUGUGACAUAUCUCAACGUCUUAAUGAAAGCUUGUAACGAUUUGAAAUAUGCAAUCAAAAUUGAGGAGCAGGUGACAAGUAUAAUUGUUUACAUUAAAUCAGAUAGAGAUUGGAAAGUGAACAAACAAACAAUAUUUAAUCGUAUCGAUACUUUCAUGCAAAGAUGUUACGAUGCUAUGGAGAUAUGCAACGCUUUAAUGGUCUUUGGAAGAUGUAACAAAGCAGGAAUGAUCGGUGGUACAAAGGGUUCCAUAUAUGAGACCUAUUGUCACCGAAUAGAGAAUUUAUUUUACAAGAAUCUCGACGAAAUCAAACUGGUUCGCAACAACAUUCUAGACAUUGCAAAAUGCACGUGGCUAAAAAAUAUGCAAACAUUUAGAGAUUCCAUGGCAGAAUUGGAAAACAUGGUCAACAACCUGAUUGAAUGCAUAUUCAAAGAAGUUAAAAACAUUGAAGAAGGUAUCGAAGCUAUAUACACUUUACAACGUUUCAAACACAGAGAAACCUUGCGUGAUACACUAUCAAUGAAAUGGAUUCAGGUGAGAAAAAAAUUUGUAAUCGGUCCGUUCGAAAUGCCCGCGCGACUGACGGGUCAGUCGUAUGCGCAAUUUUUACGAAACAAUUUGCCGACACUGUUGGAAAACGUGGAACAACGCUGGAACAACGUAGACGUAUGUUGUUCCAGCAGGAGCCCCAUCGCAUACAUGUAG